AUGAUACAGAUUCAUAAAAAAGCGCUGACUAUAUCAAAUGUGACAGAUUUUACACAGAUUAUACUCUAUUACGACGCCCUGGGAACGAACCCCGCAUCCACCGUUCACGGCAGAAAGGUCCUCAUCCCAUCUCUAGCCCCUAGUGCCAGAAAGGUCCUCAGCCCACCUCUAGCCCCUAGAGCCAGAAAGGUCCUCAGCCCACCUCUAGCCCCUAGUGCCAGAAAGGUCCUCAGCCCAUCUCUAGCCCCUAGAGCCAGAAAGGUCCUCAGCCCACCUCUAGCCCCUAGCGCCAGAAAGGUCCUCAGCCCACCUCUAGCCCCUAGUGCCAGAAAGGUCCUCAGCCCACCUCUAGCCCCUAGUGCCAGAAAGGUCCUCAGCCCACCUCUAGCCCCUAGUGCCAGAAAGGUCCUCAGCCCACCUCUAGCCCCUAGAGCCAGAAAGGUCCUCAGCCCACCUCUAGCCCCUAGCGCCAGAAAGGUCCUCAGCCCACCUCUAGCCCCUAGCGCCAGAAAGGUCCUCAGCCCACCUCUAGCCCCUAGUGCGAGAAAAGUCCUCAGCCCACCUCUAGCCCAUAGUGCCAGAAAGGUCCUCAGCCCACCUCUAGCCCCUAGAGCCAGAAAGGUCCUCAGCCCACCUCUAGCCCCUAGUGCCAGAAAGGUCCUCAGCCCACCUCUAGCCCCUAGUGCCAGAAAGGUCCUCAGCCCACCUCUAGCCCCUAGUGCCAGAAAGGUCCUCAGCCCACCUCUAGCCCCUAGAGCCAGAAAGGUCCUCAGCCCACCUCUAGCCCCUAGGCCAGAAAGCCCACCUCUAGCCCCUAGUGCCAGAAAGGUCCUCAGCCCACCUCUAGCCCCUAGCGCCAGAAAGGUCCUCAGCCCACCUCUAGCCCCUAGUGCCAGAAAGGUCCUCAGCCCACCUCUAGCCCCUAGAGCCAGAAAGGUCCUCAGCCCACCUCUAGCCCCUAGAGCCAUAAAGGUCCUCAGCCCACCUCAAACCCCUAGUGCCAGAAAGGUCCUCAGCCCAUCUCUAGCCCCUAGAGCCAGAAAGGUCCUCAGCCCACCUCUAGCCCCUAGCGCCAGAAAGGUCCUCAGCCCACCUCUAGCCCCUAGCGCCAGAAAGGUCCUCAGCCCACCUCUAGCCCCUAGAGCCAGAAAGGUCCUCAGCCCAUCUCUAGCCCCUAGUGCCAGAAAGGUCCUCAGCCCACCUCUAGCCCCUAGUGCCAGAAAGGUCCUCAGCCCACCUCUAGCCCCUAGUGCCAGAAAGGUCCUCAGCCCACCUCUAGCCCCUAGGCCAGAAAGGACCUUAGCCCAUCUCUAG